AUGUUGUUCGAAGCUACGCAACGUCUUUCACAAUAUACGCGUCGACUGGUGACGCCGUGCUUCGUUAACAAUGCGCGGCACCCGCGUGUUCCUGCCCUCCUCGCCGUGGGACAUCCCACGGUUCCGCGUGUCUCUACUCUGGGUGGGGAAGAAGCUGAGUGCAAGGAGUCCACCCCUACCUCAACUCCGACACCACCAGCGACGACACCGGCGCUGAGCCAACCGGCAUCUCUACCGGUUGCCAAGGAUCUGUCGAGUGUAGCCUUAACGAACGCGUCGGUUAACGCGGUGACGCGCGCUCAGGCCAAGAAGAUCUUGUCGACGCCGCGCGACGCUGCGGCUUCCCUCGUCUCUUGGACUGAUCAAAACCUGAUUAACCCUGGUGCCGUAUCGAACGCAUCGCUAGCAAACUACGCACCGAGAUGCCUAGCAGUCGCCCGCUAUGUUCGUGACGCGCUACAGUUAGCAGUCGACAAGCAAAAGGAGAACUCAAGCAAACGAGGAAGAAAGAACACAGCUUCAUUUACGACAGAUGAACGUGUGCUACUGUUGACAGAUGGUAUUCGUGACUCAGCAAUUACCAACCUCGGCGCGAACAAGCUCGCGCCGCGCUUUAUUGGGCCCUUCAAGGUGAUAAAAGUACUCGGUGAGGCGUACACGCUCUAUAUCCCAAGAUCGAUGCGGCUGCACCCGACGUUUUACGUCAACUGUCUCAAGAAGUACCAUCCAUCCGAGAUCGCGAACGUUGACACGUCUUCAGAUAGUACGCCGACAUUCCAUCGAAACGGGCCUCCGCCACUGAUCGACGCCUCGGGCGCCCAACGUUGGACCGUUGAGCGAAAUGUCGACCACGACACACGUCAGCUUCGCGGUGCUCGCGGUGUUCCAUCCGGAGAGUUGCCACAAGAUCAAGCCCCGCUGAGUAAUGAGCGAUGUUAUCGAGUGCGUUGGCUCAGUUUGUCUCCGGCUGAUGAUACUUGGGAGCCACGCAGUCGCUUGUUGGAAGACGUUCCAGAUGUGGUGAACGAAUACGAGAAGACACUUACGUCCCAAAGCGUGAGUGAGUCGAGUGAACUACCCCGCAGCGAUGAAGGUGAUAAGUCGCCGCGUGCAUGCAGGGGCAUUCUCCGCGAUGACUGA